AUGGCGUCAGCCGUAACAGAUCUCGAGACUGGUCUCCAGGCUAUGCUCAAUCUUAAGCCUCCUGGUGUGUCCGGUUCUCGCAUCACAAGUUUGACUUCGCUCUGCGUCGCCAAUAUCCAGUCUGAAUCCGUCCUCAUUCAAAAAAUCUACACCCAUUUCAAAAAGACUCCGGGAACCCAUAAGCUUGGCGUUCUCUACGUCGUAGACUCAGUAACCCGAAAAUGGCUCGAGCAGGCCAAGGCACAGGGCCAAGCCAUUAACAGUUCUGCCCCCGACGGCACAUAUGCUGCUGGAGUGCACCGAGUAACAGAGCUGAUGCCCGUAUUGAUGAAUGACAUUAGUCAAUCUGCCCCUGAAGAUCAAAAGGAAAAAAUUAAGAAACUCCUUGACAUCUGGGAAAAGGGCCAGACCUUUCCCCCCUCUAUGCUCCAAUCCUUCAGACAGGGCCUUAGCUCGCCUGCCCAAGCCAAAACCUCCACAACUCCUCCUGGUAGCCCUCCACCAAACGUGAUGGCAUCGCUGCAAGGCAAUCACCUAGCAACUAGCGCUGCUCCUGCCGCUGCCAACGGCUCUUCCAUUUUAGAGGCUCUGGCCAACAUUGCGCGUCAAAAUACCACACCAAGCAACGCUACUGGCUCGGCUGCUCCUAGUAAUGGCAACCUGCCUACCCCAGCUGCAUCGUAUAGCAUGCCGACUUCUGCCUUGCCGCAGGCACCUUUGGCUUAUCCUGCUGCUUCACAGCCAGUAAACGCGCCUUCUGCGCCCUUUAAUCUGGCUCAGAUGCUGGGACAGACUGUCCCGGCCCAUGGCAUGGCUACGAACGCCGCUCCCCAGAUGCACGGCGCCCCGGCCGCAGCUUCUGGUGGCAUGGAUCCCAACACGCAGCAGCAGAUUAUGCUCAUUAAGCUGCUAGCCGAUCAAGGUGUUCCGUUCGAUAAGAUUCCUGCGUUGAUCCAGAGCAUGACUGGCGGAGCUGGCGGCCAGCCUGCACCUGCCCCCGCCCCCGCUGCCCAAGGAUCUUUCCCUGCCCAGCCUGCCUGGGGAGCGCCCACCAACGGCCCUUCGCGUGAAGAUCCCCGCGAUCGAUUUGGCAAUGGUAGCAGGUCCCCUCAGAGAUUUCGCGGCGCCCGAUCCCGCUCUAAGUCGCCCGACCGAUGGAAUCAGCGCGGCUCUCCCCGUGGUGCGCGUGAGUUUGGCGGCCGCAACAGCCCGUCUCGUGGCCGUCACGACGACAGAGAUCGCAAUGGCCGCAGAGGAGGAAACGAUUUCCGCCAGCGCAGCCCUCCUGGUCGCCGUGGCAGAUCUCCAUCCCCAGGCAACUUUCCCCACGUCGAUAGAUGGGUCGAGUAUGAUAAAUCGCUUCCCCCCAACUCGAUCCGCGUUUUCAGCCGCACCCUCUUCGUUGGAGGUGUCACUUGCCCCGAGCCCGAACUGCGGCAAAUAUUUGGUCGCUUCGGCACGGUGCAGACUUGCAUCGUGAAUAAGGACAAGAGGCACGCAUUUGUCAAGAUGCUGACUCGAAAAGAUGCCGAGGCCGCCAAGACCAACAUGGAAGACAACAGACACUUGGAGAUUCCCCUUCGCACACGAUGGGGAGUUGGUUUCGGUCCUAGAGAUUGUAGCGACUACGCCACUGGUGUCAGCAUCAUCCCGAUCUCCAAGCUGACCGAGGCUGAUCGCAAGUGGAUGCUGACUGCACCGUACGGUGGCAGCGGCGGCCAGCCCAUCGAGCCCGGUCUCACCGUCGAAGAGCCCGAUAUCGAAAUUGGCGCCGGCGUCUCGUCCAAGGCCAUCAGCCGCCGCAUGCAAACCGACAAGGGCGGCCAGAACGGCCCUAAGUCUACGCGCCAGCGCGACGACGACUGGAACCCCCGCGACGACCGCGGUGGUCACCACCGCGGCGGCAACGGCAACGACCACGGCUCUGGAGGACCUAACCAGGGCCAGGGCGGGCCGAUGCCCGUGUUCCCGUUUGGCGUCGGCACGCUGCCCAACGGCAUGCCCAGCUUUCCCCAGGGCUUUCAGUUCCCCGACCCGGGCAGACAGUGA